CCGGCCCCUCGGCGGUGCCGCCAGACGGCGGCGGCCGGGCUGGGCGCUGCCGGGAGCGCAUCCCUCGUUCCCUCCGCUCCGCUCCGCCCCGCGGCCGCGGCCAUGACCGACAACAUCCCGCUGCAGCCGGUCCGGCAGAAGAAGCGCAUGGACAGCAAGCACCGCGGCGGGUGUUGUGAGUGCUUAAGAUGCUGUGGGAGGAGAGACCCCAGGCCUCGGACUGUCUGGCUUGGCCACCCGGAGAAGAGAGAUCAGAGAUACCCUCGCAAUGUCAUCAACAAUCAGAAAUACAACUUCUUUACCUUUCUCCCUGGGGUGUUGUUUAACCAGUUCAAAUACUUCUUCAACCUUUAUUUCUUGCUCUUGGCCUGCUCUCAGUUCGUGGUUGAAAUGAGGCUUGGUGCCCUUUACACAUACUGGGUUCCUCUGGGGUUUGUGCUGGCUGUCACCGUGAUCCGCGAGGCGGCCGAGGAGAUCCGAUGCUACAUGCGGGACAAGGAAGUGAACUCGCAGAUCUACAGCAAGCUCACAGCCAGAGGGACUGUGAAGGUGAAGAGCUCUAACAUACAAGUCGGUGACCUCAUCAUUGUUGAAAAGAACCAGAGGGUCCCUGCUGACAUGAUCUUCCUGAGGACGUCGGAGAAGAAUGGGUCCUGCUUCCUUCGCACGGACCAGCUGGAUGGGGAGACGGACUGGAAGCUGCGGCUGCCUGUCACCUGCACCCAGCGCCUGCCCACGGCUUCUGACCUGCUGCAAAUCCGCUCCUAUGUCUAUGCAGAAGAACCCAAUAUUGACAUACACAACUUCGUGGGGACCUUCACCAGGGAGGACAGUGAUCCUCCAGUAAAUGAAAGUUUAAGCAUAGAAAACACCCUGUGGGCCAGCACAGUGAUUGCAUCAGGCACUGUGGUGGGAGUUGUCCUCUACACUGGAAGGGAACUGCGCAGUGUGAUGAACACUUCCAACCCAAGAAGUAAGAUUGGCCUUUUUGAUUUGGAGGUGAACUGUCUCACCAAGAUCCUGUUUGGGGCUCUCGUGGUGGUGUCCCUGGUCAUGGUGGCCCUUCAGCACUUUGCAGGCCGUUGGUACCUCCAGAUCAUCAGAUUCCUCCUGCUGUUCUCAAACAUCAUUCCCAUUAGUUUACGUGUGAAUCUGGACAUGGGGAAGAUUGUGUACAGCUGGGUGAUCCGCAGAGAUUCCAAAAUCCCUGGCACUGUGGUUCGGUCCAGCACUAUCCCUGAGCAGCUGGGGAGGAUAUCCUAUUUGCUUACAGACAAAACAGGGACGCUCACCCAGAAUGAGAUGGUUUUCAAGAGACUCCACCUGGGAACGGUCGCGUACGGCCUGGACUCCAUGGACGAGGUGCAGAGCCACAUAUUCAGCAUUUACACACAGCAGCCGCAGGACCCCCCGGCCGUGAAGGGGCUGUCGCUGGCCACCAAGGUGCGGCGCACGAUGAGCAGCCGCGUGCACGAGGCGGUGAAGGCCAUCGCGCUGUGCCACAACGUCACCCCCGUGUACGAGUCCAACGGCGUCACCGACCAGGCCGAGGCCGAGCGCCACUACGAGGACUCCUGCAGGGUGUACCAGGCCUCCAGCCCCGACGAGGUGGCCCUGGUGCAGUGGACAGAGAGCGUGGGUUUGACUCUGGUGGGCAGAGACCAGUCCUCAGUGCAGCUGAGGAGCCCGGGGGGGCACAUCCUCAACUUCACCAUCCUGCAGAUCUUCCCCUUCACCUACGAGAGCAAGCGCAUGGGCAUCAUCGUGCGGGAUGAAUCCACAGGAGAGAUCACGUUCUACAUGAAGGGGGCAGAUGUGGUGAUGGCUGGCAUCGUGCAGUACAACGACUGGCUGGAGGAGGAGUGUGGUAACAUGGCUCGGGAAGGCCUGAGGGUUCUUGUUGUGGCCAAGAAGUCUCUGACGGAAGAGCAGUAUCAAGACUUUGAAGCACGCUACGUCCAGGCCAAGCUGAGUGUGCACGACCGCUCCCUCAAGGUGGCCACGGUCAUCGAGAGCCUGGAGAUGGAGAUGGAGCUGCUGUGUCUCACUGGAGUGGAGGAUCAGCUGCAGACAGACGUCAGGCCCACGCUGGAGACGCUGAGGAACGCUGGCAUCAAGGUGUGGAUGCUGACAGGGGAUAAGCUGGAGACAGCCACGUGUACAGCCAAGAACGCGCAUCUGGUGACACGGACACAGGACAUCCAUAUAUUCAGACUAGUGACAAACCGAGGAGAAGCCCACCUGGAGCUGAACGCCUUCCGCCGCAAGCACGACUGCGCCCUGGUCAUCUCGGGGGACUCGCUGGAGGUGUGCCUGAAGUACUACGAGUACGAGUUCAUGGAGCUGGCGUGCCAGUGCCCCGCUGUCGUGUGCUGCCGCUGCGCCCCCACCCAGAAAGCCCAGAUCGUGAGGCUGCUCCAGGAGAGGACAGGCAAACUCACCUGUGCCGUGGGUGAUGGAGGGAAUGAUGUUAGCAUGAUUCAGGAGGCUGACUGUGGUGUUGGAGUUGAAGGAAAGGAAGGGAAGCAGGCAUCGCUGGCAGCCGAUUUCUCCAUCACUCAGUUCAAGCACCUGGGUCGUUUGCUCAUGGUCCAUGGAAGGAACAGCUACAAGAGGUCUGCAGCCCUCAGCCAGUUUGUGAUCCACAGGAGCCUCUGCAUCAGCACCAUGCAGGCUGUUUUCUCAUCAGUAUUUUACUUUGCUUCGGUUCCUCUCUACCAAGGCUUCCUCAUCAUUGGGUACUCCACAAUUUACACCAUGUUCCCCGUGUUUUCUCUUGUCCUGGACAAGGAUGUGAAAUCUGAAGUUGCAAUGUUGUACCCAGAGCUCUACAAAGAUCUUCUUAAGGGACGACCAUUGUCAUACAAAACAUUUUUAAUCUGGGUCUUGAUAAGCAUUUAUCAAGGUAGCAUCAUCAUGUAUGGAGCACUCCUCCUCUUUGAAUCCGAAUUUGUGCACAUUGUUGCCAUUUCCUUCACGUCGCUGAUUCUCACCGAGUUGCUGAUGGUGGCACUGACAAUCCAGACGUGGCACUGGCUCAUGAUCGUGGCUGAGCUGCUCAGCCUCUCCUGCUACAUCGCUUCCCUGGUCUUCUUGCACGAGUUUAUUGAUGUUUACUUCAUUGCCACCCUGUCGUUCCUGUGGAAGGUCACUGUCAUCACCCUGGUGAGCUGCCUGCCCCUCUACGUCCUCAAGUACCUGAGACGGAGGUUUUCUCCCCCCAGCUACUCGAAGCUCACGUCCUAGGGCUGCUCCUUGCACACAGAGACAGACAUUGCCCCCAGCCCAGAGACAAACCCCCAGCUGUCCCCACAACGAGCACGUCCCGUACCUGCGCCAGGACCCCGUGGUGUCUCUGUUACCUGCUGCUGUAGUGAGAGACUUCCAAACUGCCCUGAGCAGGAACCUAACACGAAAAGGGAGCGUUGGGAGGGUGGAGGCUCUUAGCUCAUCCGGUUCUUGUCACUUUUGUUCCACUAACUGGGGUCAAAUGCAUGGAACUGCGAUGGCAAUGGGUUUCUCUUGCAUGGUUCAAAGCCUCUGGAAGCUGCUACCUGACCUUGGGAUUUACAUUUGACAAUUUAAAGUGAAUUUUUUAAGUGUCUGCACUGUUCUUUGCAUUGUGUUACCUUUUUUUGUGUUAUUUGUCUUUUUGAUUCAAGUAGUUACAUUCUUUUUACAUCUUGGAAAUCCCUUAAUGUAGGUGAUGCACUACACUGCUGACAGCUGAUACCUGAUUUAUGGCAUGUUGUUUCCAUAAUGGGGCUCCAGCCUGUCGGAUCUACACACACUGGAGAAUCUGAGCGUGUCUGAGAUUUUCCUUCCGUUGAAAUGUGGUCACCCCAGUGAUUUUGGAGGUAUCCAGCCAUUGAUAAAGACAGAGAAGUGGUAGUUCUAAACGAGAGAAUUCGGUUUUGUUUAGCUGUUGUGCUUCCUGUUAAAAGGAGCCUGUGAUACAAUAGUUUUACUCUGUAUUUAUUUGGGUAGGAGAAAAUUAUCUAAACUAAAGCAAAUCCUCUUUGGAACAGAACUUUGCAGUUGAUCAUCCUUGAAAUGUGUCAACAACGUGAGAAGAGACUCGUACUGUUCUGCAGACAAUGUGGCAGACGUGUCUUGAAUCCUUGGAGACUGAAAGGAGAGGUCACAGAGCUGCUACUCCUCACAGCUCCAUGAAAUCUGUUUCCUGUUAGUGUGAAACUGUGAGGAUGAGCUGCAAAUAAGCAGAGGCACUCCUAGGUGGAUGUUUUAAUGACAUGCUCCCUGCAGAGAGGCAGUUUUUGGAACCUUGCACUUGCUCUGCUCUAAAAACCAAGCCUGAAUCCCAGGAAUGGGUUCGUACAAAGGCACUAGGCUCGUGUGCAGAGCAAAUUUAUGCGGUUUGAAUUUUCAGAAAUUAAACUCAAUGAGUUCUGUUGUUAUAGUAAACUUUGGUCCACAUUAUAAUAUCAUGAGGAGAGCAACAUGUGCUUGGGCUUCUCAGCAGAAGGACAGAGACUUACAGGGAUCUUUUAGAGUUGGGUUGAUGCAUCAAACACGGAUGAGCUUUUAGUGGCAGCCAUCCUUGUCUAAAGGCUCUUUAGUCUGUGCUAAAUUAGUUGCUUGCUGUCUUCUUCCCACAUCAGAGAAACCACAGGCGGAGCUGGCACUGCUUGGCGCCGUUGUUCCUUGGCUGCACAGGAGGAAAAGAGCCCAGAGCCCGAGCCCCUGUCCCAAAGCAGAGCCUGAGCUCACUUCUGCUGUCCCAAAGCAGAGCCUGAGCUCCCUUCUCCAAUCUCAAGGAAGCCCUUCCAGGUCAGGUCCACCACAUUGGCAAGGUGCAGAAGCUCCUGGGUCAUCUCUGUGCCCAUCUCUGUGCUGAAGCUCUUGAAAGGGCUGCCAGCUCCUGCUGCCAUUGCUGCAGGAGUUCCUGUGGCAAACAGCACAGAAGGUCUGAUGUGAAAAUCCAUGGAAAAUGGGAGAGUCGUUUUAAAAGAGCCUGUGUUGGCCCACAGUGCUGUGUCCUGAAUUUUCACCUCUAAGGUGGCUGUGCCUCGUGUGGUCAGUGUGUGGCAGUUGCUCCAGGGAAUGUUUUGCACAACCUGACCUGCCUUCCUUGCUCUCAGUUCCCGUGAAUAAAUAUCAAAGGGAUGGGGGAGCAAGUUCCAGAAGUUUUAGAGAAAAAUUGGAUGUGCUUUGUACCACCUGUGGCUCGGGGUGAGAGGAAGGUGCAAGGCCAUGUGACCUUGUUGUUUCAUGUGGUGGAAACCCUCUUGAUUUAGAAAAUAAGGUUUCAAAAUCCUUCAGGAAUAAGGGCAGCAAACACUCUUUUACUCACGGGUUUUAUUUUGUGCCAGUUUUCUGAUAGGCUUGGGUCUGAAGCCCUGGUAUGGAGCAACUGCCUACAGAAACACCCUGCUGGCUAAGGGAAGCUAAUUCUCAAUAUUCACCUUGUCAUAAUGGUUUGAAAAUCUGGUUCUUUCCUUAUGUUUUAUUUUUUUUUUCCUAAAAGUAGUAUUAAUAUACAUUUCUACUUAUUUGACAUGUUGAACAAGGCUGUGAAAGUCCAGAGAUUUGUCUUGUGGAGGAAAAGCAGUCCCUGAACAGCCUGUCUGGGGCUCACAGCCUUUUGUGAAUUAUGCUGUUUUGCCAGAAAGAUCCUUAAUAUUGUCUUCAUCAUGACUGGAGUGUCGGCCAUGCCACUGUUCUGGAGUCCCCAGGCAGCAUUUCAUAGGAUCAUGGAAUGAUUUGGGUUGGGAGGAACCUCAAAGGCCACCCAGUGCCACCCCUGCCAUGGCAGGGACACCUCCCACUGUCCCAGGCUGCUCCAAGCCCCAGUGUCCAGCCUGGCCUUGGGCACUGCCAGGGAUCCAGGGGCAGCCACAGCUGCUCUGGGCACCCUGUGCCAGGGCCUGCCCACCCUCCCAGGAAGGAAUUUCAUCCCAAUAUCCAAUCUAAUCUGCUUUCAGUAGGUUUAAGUACAAGAACCAAGAAUUCUUUUGGCCCCCGGUGGUGACUGAGCCCCCCAGUCCCUCUGGGCUCUGGUGCCCAGCCCUGUCCCUCUCUCCUGUGUGUUGGUAGUUCAAUGUCCUGCAACAGUGCCAAGCUACUGUGUGUAAAUAUUUGAGACAUAUAUAUGGUAGAAUUCACUGUUUCCUCAAGUCAAUACAGUUUACACUGAGUGGACCAUAUUUGCAAACUAUUAGCAUACACCAAGAAAGGGAGUGAACUAUGAUUUCAUUUAUAUUUAUUGAAUUGUAAGUUUAGUAACAUAUUGAGUAGAGUUGAUAGUGAUCUGUAGCUGUGUUUUGGGGUGUGGAUUAUGUUCUUUGCAGCUCGUGUUUUUGCACAAGGUAGUAAAUCCAGGAAGUAAUUUCUGCCUGGAUAUACACUACAUUUUUUCAAAGCAGUCAGAGACUAAAAAACUGCCAUCUAACAAACAGCAGGAAAGAGGAAUACUUCUGUUGUUCAAGUUUAGCACUUUAUGUUUGCAAUCCAUUUCUCUUAAGUUAUUUAAAAAUGUUUUUAAAAGCAAAAUUUAAUUCAUGUGUUCAUAUUUACUGUACAUUAAAAUAAAUGGAUUAUCUGCUGGAAAUUUCAUCUUUUCCUCUAGUAUGCUCAUAAUUUGUACUUUUGGGGAGUGAAGCAUUGUUUUCUUCUUCUGUGUUGUAUCUUGUUUGUGGCCUUAGUGUUCCUCCUGUUCCUUUAUGUGUGUGGGUUCUGUGCUGUAGCAGUUCAUGCGUGACUUGUGUGCUUUGGGACUGCUCCAGGUGCUGCUCCUGGGCACCAGUGUGAGUCCCACUGUGCUCCUGCUUCCCCAGGUGCUGCUCCUGGGUCCCAGUGUGAGUCCCACUGUGCUCCUGCUUCCCCAAGUGCUGCUCCUGGGUCCCAGUGUGAGUCCCACUGUGCUCCUGCUUCCUGUGGCUGCCAACACUCCGUGCUGAGCUGCUUCAGGGCGAGGUUCUGUGGCACACACUGUUCUCUUCUUGCACCUCUGCAGGAACUCCAGCUGUGUCACAGCCCUCUCUAUCUCCUUAACUCUGGAUAUGCCCCCUCCACAGAGCUUUUCCUGUUCAUCUGUGCACACAUUUGUUUUGCUCAGCUCGUGGUGCAGUGGAAACCCAACGUUGUGUUCAACAGCAGCAGCUUCAGUCUGUGCAGGGUCUGAUCAGACCUGGCUGAGGGGUGGUCAGGGACAUCCCUGGUGUCCCCUCGGGGUGAGAGCUCUGUGCUGGGAGCUGCAGUUGUGGCUGGGCAGCACCAGAGGUGUUUUCUGUGCUCCCUGAGCUGUCCCAGCCAAACCCCAGGACAGCGUCGGCCUCUGGAGCUGCCGAGGGAAGUUGUGCUGGAGUUGAGCUGGGUUUGGCAGGGAGCCCCAGGUCAGAGGGGGAAUCCCUAAAGCUUCCCUUUGGGGUUUAUAUGUAAGAAAGCUGCUGCAGCCUCUGCUGCACCACAACCCCCUGGCUUGCACAAGCAGGGCUCUGACCCAGGGAUGUGAACCCCUACCAUGUGCAGCUCAGUGUCCCGAGCUGUUCCGGUGGGAUUGGGCUCAUCCCAGAGCGUCUGGGGCCAGUCCAGUGCCCACUGGAGGGGCUCCUUAUUUAUUAUUAGUUAUUUCAUAAGUGUUAAACUCUAUGAUUUGCAUGAAAUCCUGUGGUUCACAGCUUUGCCAAUAUGGUCCAUUACUACUGCCUACGACAACUUGUGUACUGAUAUGCCUUUGAGAACAUUUUUAAUUGUUAAAAUUGUUUUUAAAAUCAAUGUUAAGUUAAUUUAAUUUUUAAUGGGCAAAUGGAUUCUGGUGUCAAAAUGGUAUUUACUGUGAUGCUGAUGUUUUGUACCUGUCAUCCAGCUAAACAACCUGUAAAUACUCCUGAGUCAAAAGAAACAUGAAUGCCAAUUAUUUAUUGUUCUGUGGAGUUACAUGUCGCAGAUGUGUAAGAACUGAAAAGGGAAUGUUGUAAAACAAGGUGGAAAAAAUAAAUUUUAUGCAACUUCUUUACUUCA